AUGCCUGAUAAUGAAACCGACUCAACAGGGGGAUCAGACAGAACCUGGCACCCUGCCAGCGAAUGGCUGGAAGAAGGCGUGAUGACCGACUCUCGCCCCGCGCAAGAGGCGUCCGAGGACGAUGGCGACUGGGAGGAUGAAAUGGACAGUGAAGAUAAUCAUCCAGGAUUCUCUAUCACAGAUGGAAACCCGCACAUCGCCAUAGGCAACAUUGAGAUCGAGCUUACAGCGGAUGAUUCGCAGGUCAGCGAGGAUUUAGAUUCGAACGGGGGCCACCCACGGGUUCUUGCCCCGGGUUCCGGCUUGUUCGAGUUAAUUGCCGCUAGUGGGCUACAACACCUCCUUCACUCCUAUGGUUGGACGACAGCCAUGGAUGAGCAUGAAGGAGAGCAGUGGGAACCCGACGAAGAUGACCCAGGCGACGAGGCCUUCAUGAGCCUUUUUCGAUAUAGACCUCGAGCCAGGGGAUCUGGAGAAGCCCCGAAAUAUCCUCCAGUCCCCCAUCCAGAAGGCAAGAAGUUGAUGCGCGAAGGCCAUUUUGGAGUGGACGAACAUUAUGUCGACCGACUGAAGAAGCGCAAGAACGCCCUAGCGACUAGAUUGAUGUGGCGAGAAUUAGGCGUUGAUACUUAUGGAGUGCAGAAAAGAGCCGGUCAAUCCAUUUCCCAGGGCUUGAUUCCAGGGUCAGUCACAGACAGGAUCAUCCACUAUGAUACCCGAAGUUACUCAGGGCAGUUUUCUGACGAUGGGAAUUUCUUCUUCUGCUGCGCUCAAGACUUCAAGGUUCGGAUGUAUGAUACAUCCAACCCUUCGGAUUGGAAGUAUUAUAAAACAGUCGAUUAUCCAUUCGGCCGAUGGACCAUCACAGAUGCGACAUUGAGCCCUGACAACCGCUUCCUGGCCUAUAGUUCAAUAAAGAGCCAGGUCUACAUGGCUCUCACAGACCCAGAGGACAGCUCAGAUCCCACUGUUUUGGACUUUUGUGAUCCAAUCAGCCGACCUCGGGUAUCUCUUGACAGGGAUGAUGAAUUUGGGAUCUGGUCUCUCCGGUUCUCCGGAGAUGGACGCGAGAUAGUUGCUGGCACAUCUGAUGAUUCCAUCAUCGUUUAUGACGUGGAACGCAUGUACCCAGUUCUAACCAUGCGGGACCGCCAUUUACGCCAUGUAAACGCCGUAUGCUACGGCGAUACCUCGUCUCCGCACAUCCUGUACUCAGGAUCGGACGAUAGCACCAUCCGGGUCUGGGAUCGACGAUCAAUGGGUGACGGGCGCGAAGCUGGCGCUUUCCUGGGACACACGGAAGGACUGACCUAUGUCGACAGCAAGGGCGACGGUCGAUAUGUCUUAUCCAACAGCAAAGAUCAAACCAUGAAGCUCUGGGAUCUACGAAAGAUGCUGACAUCCGCCGAUGUCGACGAAGCUAAUCCACUUGAACGUAUGACUGGGUUUGAUUACCGCUUCGAUGCGUAUCCAGACAGGUACCGAAAAGACCCUAGGAAAGACUGCUCCGUCGUUACAUACCGGGGCCACCGCGUUUUAAAGACCCUAAUUCGCUGCCAUUUCUCGCCGCCCGACAGUACAAACUCACGCUAUGUGUAUAGCGGCAGCGAGGACGGCAAGGUCUAUGUGUACAACCUAGAUGCCACUCUGGCCGGUACAAUUGAUGUUGGCAAAGCAACGGCCAACUCCCGGCCGCGUGAUCCAGAGGCGUAUGCUACGGCCUACGAAAUGAGCGGGGAUAUGGUGUGGAGAACUUGUGUGCGGGAUGCAAGCUGGCACCCCAGUGCGCCAGUGCUAGCUGGUAGGACCCCCUGUGGUAUCUGUGACCUAGUACACAUCGCUAACGCAGCCUCUCUCUUAGCAACCUCCUGGAAUGGCUGGGGUCUUUCUACCGGCACUUGCACCGUCCAUUCAUGGAACGCUGGAGCCACAGAAGAUGAAGGCUACCCAGCUCCGGCAGAUAGUUAUGAUGACAAGUUGCGGUCCAUUCCGGAGUUCAAUCGAUACCGCAAAACUGCACCGCGCUCCCGGCGCCCAUUGCGCAGUCGGCCCGUUCGUCGUUGGAUCAUCAACGAGGACGCAGAGGAUACAGUAUGGUAG